GUUGGCCUGGACACUAUUGAUAGUCGGGCUGGAGUGUUCGGAUGGGGAAUGACCAACCACAGUCAUAUACGCAUACAACAUCCCUUCAGGCUCGCAGAUGUCCUGCCGGCCAGAUGUAGCAGAUGUUGAUGGCAUAAUGAAAGAAGACAGGAAUCGAGAGGGAAAUACGAGAUAUUGCUGGACUGGCAUAGCCAAGGAUCUGUCGUGCACCAGCCCAGAUAAGUAAGCUCUUGAUCUGGAGCAUUUGCCUUCGCCCUAAACGUGGGACGCGCGCAGUCCAUGUACGGCCAUGUGGGGAUGUUUCUGUGCCGUACUCUGCCUUGGAGAUGCAUCUCUGCUUUCGAGAGUGAGGGAGGGAAGGCCAAGAUCCCGAAGACGAGACGGGUCGAAACAGGGAGGAAAUAGCUUGAUGCCCUGGAGAGGGAGAAUCCGAUUCCAUUAUUGUCCUGUUUGCUGGAGGCCCAGAGGCCCAAACGCCCAUUGCUCUAUCGCCCAUCAUUCCGCCCUUAACCCCUAUGGCUCAAUGGAUGCCCAGCGGAAACGGGAUCGUGGCAGGGGCCUCUCAGCGAACAUCAUUCCGAUCUUAACUCUGAAAAAUGUAGCGUUGCUGGGCUAUUAUUAUUGUCCUGACGGGACUGCUUUGAACAAGUAAUCGUUACUGAGCACGCUUACAUCUGUCACCUU